AAAGUGAGAACGAGGCGAAGCGUGAGCUAUAAAAAAAAAAAAAUCAAGGUUGGAAUUCUAAGCCUCGUGCGCUUAUAAAUAGGAGAGAGUCUUUGGGGGAUUGUGGAUGGUUGAAAGCUUCCAAGAGGUGCGUUUGCCCUUUCGGUAUAGAGCUCCAGGCGGACGAUGGAGGUAGGCCAAGGUUUGGAGUUGGUGGCGGAGGCCACGAUGGCGGAGAAAGGUUCUAGGUUCCGGAGGAUUUGCGUAUUCUGCGGGAGCCAAUGCGGGAAGAAGUCUAGCUACCAGGAGGCGGCGGUUGAGCUCGGAAAGGAACUGGUGGACAGUGGCAUCGAUCUGGUGUAUGGAGGAGGAAGCAUUGGGUUAAUGGGCCUUGUUUCUCAAGCAGUCCAUGAUGGAGGGCGCCAUGUCUUGGGGAUUAUUCCGAAGUCUUUGAUGCUAAAGGAGUUAACUGGUGGGACAAUAGGAGAAGUUAGGGCAGUAUUAGACAUGCAUGAACGAAAAGCUGAGAUGUCUCGACAGGCAGAUGCCUUUAUAGCUUUGCCUGGUGGCUAUGGGACACUCGAAGAACUACUAGAGGUCAUUACGUGGGCUCAGCUUGGAAUCCACAAGAAGCCGGUUGGACUAUUGAAUGUUGAUGGCUUUUACAAUUCAUUGUUGUCAUUCAUUGAUAUGGCUGUCGAAGAAGGUUUCAUUUCCCAAGCUGCUCGGCACAUAAUUAUAUCUGCCCAUUCCGCCAAGGAGCUAAUGAGAAAACUUGAGGAAUACAUACCGGAGUAUGAAUCCACUUUGGUGUGGGAGACUGAACAGCAGCCUCUCAGCUUUGUGCUGGAACCAGAAUCCGGCAUUGCUUCCUAACUUCUCCGGCCAACUGAUUUCCUAACGAAACUUACUAUAUACUCUUCAAACACCAGGAUAAAUAGAAACAAAGUACAGUUUGAAAGUAAAUAGCGGUCAGGACCUAUAUCUUCUCCAUAGACUUGCAUUAGACUGCACUUCCCAUUAGUAGAUUAAAUAUUUGAUGACUCGUAUGACAUAUCCCAUUCCUCAUGAAUCAAUUUAAAUCACAAGUUGUGUACUUCGUUCUGUGUGUCACUUCCAGUGGAAGGAUAGAUAGAUUUUGAAUUCUGUAUCUAUUUAUCGUGCAUAAACUCAAUGAUUGGAUUGGA